ACCAAGGAAGUGUAACGGGGUUGAAUCGGCCUCUGUUUUUUACUUUUAUCACUCGAAGAGCUUUUAUCCGUGACUUAUUUAUGUAAAAUAGUUAUAAAGAAAUAUUGUUUGAUAGAUUAAACAUAAAUUAAACGGCAUAACAUACGCCUGGAUUAGUGAUUUUAAUUUUAAGUGACGUGAUUUGAUACUAAUGGCGGUGCAUGACAGUACUGUGAUGUGUUUGUGUAGAAUACCAGAAAAUUAAAUUGUGGAUUUAAUUGUGAUGCCUGGCAUUGUUGGGUGUGCGUGUGUGAGGGUGUCUGGGGGGGCGGCGGGCACGGGGGUGGUGGUGCGAUGAGGGCGGCGAUGCGGCGCCGCACAUGAGCCGGCUGCUGUGCUGCCUGCGCGCGCGCCGACAAGACAUGGGCGCCGCGCUCUACCCCGCGCAGCCACAGGAGGGCGAGGCGUGCGACGGCGCCGCGGAGCACGUCGCCCCGCCCACCAUGGCCGACGUCAUACGGGAGCGGAAGAAGAAGGCGGGUGGUGCUGCGCUGGGCACGCUGCGGAGGCGCCUGGCCGCCGCUACCCGCCGCCCGAGGGACUCCCGACCUGACAGAGGUUGCGAGCACGCGCGCUUCAUCCGGUCGGUGGUGAGCUCGUGGCGGCUGGCGGAGGUGUUCGUGCUGUGCGAGCAGCUGGAGGCGGGCGCCGCGCUGCGCGACCUCGUCACCCAGGCGGAGCUGGCCCGCGAGCCCGCGCCCGCGCUGCACCAGGACCUCGCGCAGGCCUACAGGGACAGAUGGAUGUGCGACGUGGAGCUGGUGGGCGCGGGCUGGUCGGUGUCCGCGCACCGCGCCAUCCUCGCGGCGAGAUGCUCCUACUUCAGGGAGCUGCUGCAGCGAUACCCCGGCGUGUGCCGCGUGCCGCUGGAGGGCGCGGCGGCGGGGCUGUGCCGGGAGGAGAUGGAGGCGGUGGUGGGGGCGCUCUACGCCGGCCCCAGCUGCGUCCGCCGACCUCCCUGCGACCUCUGCAACAAGUCAGACCUGGACAUCAUCAGCGGAGAAAACACAGCAUCUCGCGGGGGGUGUGCGUGUGGGGGGCGGGGGAGGGGGCGCGGCGAGACGCGGCUGCUGCGCCGUCUGGCGGACCUGCUGGGCUUCUCUCUCGACACACUGCACAGGGACAUGAAGUAUCUGCUCGACUCCGGCGAGCAGUCUGACAGUCGGCUGGUGUUCAGGCUGGAGGGUGGAGGUGCGGCGUACGGUUUCCGCGCCGCACUCGAGCUGCCCUGUCACCGCGUCGUGCUCGCCGCCAGGUCUCGCUUCUUCAGGAGCGUGCUGUCGCGAGGUAUCAGUGGCGGGUGCUGCGGGGGCGUGUCGGGGGGCGUUGGGGGCGUGUCGGGGGGCGUUGGGGGCGUGUCGGGGGGCGUUGGGGGCGUGCCGGGGGCGGUGUGCGCGGACGAGCGCGUGUUGCCGCGCAGGUUUGCGCGUGCGCUGCUACACGCCGCCUACACAGACCAGGUGGAUUUAGGUCUGAUAGGUAGGAAUUCCCCCUCCCCCGCCUCCACCGGCAGCGCGCCCAGUGUCGGCACUACGUGGUCAGGUGUAUCUCGUAGUUCUCCUAGACCGAACAACACAUCCACAUUAGACGAUGCCUUUCAACUUUAUGAAAUAGCUAGGUUCCUGGAGAUGCCAAUAGUGGUGCAAGGUUGUGAGGAUGCCAUAGUUGAGGCGCUCUCAGCUGACACUCUGCCACAUGUGUUGCGCUGGGCCGCAGCACCACACGCCAGUCAAUGGGUGCACAGACAGGCGAUGCGUUACCUGCGCGAUGAGUUCCCAUCAAUAAUGUGUCAGACGUCGUCGGUGCGUUUGCCGCGCAGUGCUGUUGCUGAAGCUCUCAGCUCACCAUUCCUGCAGGCGAGCGAGGCGCAGGCGCUGAGAGCUCUGCUGCGCUGGGCUGAGAGAGCGGCGGCACCCAAACAUGCCUUACACGAUACUAGAGAGCCGAACGUGAUCUGGCACACUGCGCACUCUGUGUCCCGGAGAGGAGCGCGCAGGAGGGAGAGCGGGGAGCAGGCGGUGCGCGAGGUGCUCGCCGCGCUGCUGCCUCUAGUGCGUCUGGAACAUCUGCCCCCGGACUGCGACCUGCUGCACCAGGCAGUACGUCGCGGCGCAGUGCCGCAGCCCCCGCCGCAGAUGUUGGAGCGCGGCGCGGGCGCAGACGCGUGGCUCGGCCGCGGCGCCAGUCGGCCGCCGCGCUGCUUCCUGCCUUACUUGGAUGAAAUUAAAGCUCUGCUGGAGGACCAGGCGGUGCCGGAGGCGGAGGUGUCCCGAGUGCGGAGAGCUCGAUACCUGCAUCGUAUACCUGACACACUUUACAUGGUGGCGGCUGCUCGCAGUGGGGCGAGCUCCGCGAGUGUUGUGGGCGGGGCCGGCGGGGCAGUGGGCGGGGCGGAGGCUGCGUGUGUAUCUCCGCGUGUGUUGGCGGCGCUGAGAGCGCGUGUACGUGAACUGAGAGCGGCGCCACCUGCACAGCGCGCGCUGCUGCUACACGCCACUGACACUAAACUGGUGCAUCAUCAGAUAGCGCUGCGUGCUGUCCGCGAGAUGUCGCUGCCUGACGCAUGCGCAGAACUGCUGCUGGACCUAGAUGAUACAUCUGACAAAGAGUGCGGGGGCAGCAGCCUGUGUGUGGAGGAGGAGUGGGCGUGCAGCUCGGAGGCGGGGGCGUGGCCCCGCGGCGCUCCGCCCCGUCUGCCUGAUGAUGUACCAGACCUGCCAGAUGUAGAUGAUUGUUGCAGGUCGGGCAGUGGGUCGCUGCGGUCGUCGGGCAAUUCCCGAGCUGCUGCUGUCUUCCUGCAAGCUGAGCGCGAGUCCAGUACUUGCAGACAAGAACUACCACCGCGUCCAGACCAGCACAGAUCAGUGCGAGGUCGUCUGUCCGCUUGCGUGCCGGAUGUAGCAAUGGCGCCGAACGCGAACACGCACUUGCUCACUGCGCGCGACUACAUGUACGCGAACAACGCGCACGCCCCGCCCGCGCAACAUGCCCCGCCCACACACCUCGCCCCGCCCCCAGCCCACGCCCCGGCCCCGGCCCCCGCCUCCGCCUCCGCCCCCGCGCCGGUACAUCACAUGAGACACACGGAGUAUGGCGGCGGUCUGCAGCUGGACCUGGGUGAUGGCGCCACACAUACACCCAGACCUGGGUCUCGAGCGCAGCGCGCGGCCGCACACAGCGCCCGACAACACAGAGAUAACAAUCAGGCGCUGUCGUGUGUCAGAAGUCGCAAUGAUGAUGAUGAGUUAAGAGCCGCCAUAGAAUUGUCAGUUAUACGAGCUUACUCGUCGCUGGCGGGAGCGAGCGCAGCCCGGAGCAGACAUUACGCAGAUCUGCUGCCCCCUGACUUUGGGGGUGUACGGAGUCGCGCCACGCCCAGCCCGUCAUCUGUGAGCGCCGGCAGCGUGGGCAACAUGGGCAGCGUGGGCAGUAUGAGUGGUGUGGGCAACGUGGGCGGAGUGGGCAUGCCGGGCGCGGCGCUGGCCCGCAGGCGUAUCGACAGACUGACACCACCGCCGCGACUCUCCGCGAGUCAAGGUGUGGGCGUGGGCGUGGGCGUGGGCGUGGGCGCGCUGGGUGCGGAGUGUGGGCGCGUGGGCGGCAGUCGCAGCGGCACUCCGUCGCCCCGCACCUUGCCCGUCGACUCCCUCUACCGGCCGCGGGACAGGGACAGGGACAGAGACAGAGAUAGAGACUACAGAUAGAGUCGACUGUCGCCUGUCCGCUGUCACCUGUC